UUAAGUGUGAACUCAGACCGUUACCAUGCUUAAUUUGAACGUAGUUACUUUCACUUAUUAACUUAUUUCGUUCAGCUCCACUGAUCUGAUGAAUCAUUAAUUGGCUUGACGUUAUUCGUCCAGAUUUCAGCGACAAAACUAAGAAGAAUCUGACUGCUGCUGUUUUUUCCACAUCCUGCUAGGAGCAAAUAGUUCGUGCAGGAAGUAAGUCAAGCAAACUAACGCAUGCAAAACUAUUCACAAAUUCAAUGCAAUGCAAAAAACUUCUCUUCUUCCACAAGUUCCACUGCUGUCUCUUGCUGUUCUUUAAUACAGAAUUGGGCAUUGGUAUCGCACAAGACUUCUAAUAUUAAUAACAAUAGAUAAAUCGAUGCAUUUAUGUCAACUUUUCAGUGCACUCAUAGGAUGAGCAUUCAAAAACACAUGUGAAGUAAAUAUUUCUGUGAAAAUCCCAGGAGUGUUUUAUAUACAUAUUCAGCAAAUCCAUAACAAAUAGUGCUCCACCGGCUGUAGUAUAUUAUCACAAAGCUCCCUCUUGUGGUUUGAACGCUCAUCUUCAGUGGAGGCACUGAAAGAACUACAAGUACCAGAGGCACGUGCUGCCAUGGCAACAGAAGCAACGCGGCUUACCAGCGUCCAGAUUUUACCUUUGCUUCCAAACAUGGAGAUAGCCUUGUGUUGAGAAACGUUUUAAAUAAAAUACAGAAGCAUUAUACGGUCGAAAUGUCGUUCAAAACAGAUGGACAGGUGGAAAACAUCAAGUUCCCCUGGUUUAAGGAACGGCUAAAAACAAAGUAUCUCAGGGAUUUAAGGCAAAAGCAACAGUUAUCCGGGUCCUUAGAUAGUCGCAAAUGGCGCUUUUUGUCCCCGGGCCUGGAUGAUUUUAGAGAUGGUUACCCAACAGUCCAUAAAGAGCUCUUCACCCAGUGUAAGCGUGGACCCUCCCCUGCAGUCUUUGGGAUGCCAAAUCACGCACGUUCAGUGAAGUUCCCACAGAAGAGUCUAAGUAAAAAUCAAGUGUGUUACUCAAAGCAGAAUCCCCAGAGUCAAGCUCAGCGGGAGUUCAUUGACGCUGUUGAAUACAAACUCAAACAACACCCCCUGGCCCUCUAUCCUCAUCUGGAGAGCGGUAUAACACCAGAGCUAUUUGAUCAGGUGUUGUCCGUCCUGGAUCCUGAUAUGUGCAUGAAGGCGGAAUUGUCCAAAACCUCUCCAGUCGAGCAUCUGGAAGAAAGCAGUGCACAAUGUGAAAUCUCAACUUCGGAGGCCAUAAAACCGUCCAUCACCCUCCAAGCACGAAAGGAGAAAUGUAAAGAGACCAGACCAAAAAAUCCUUAUAAAUGGCAGAAACUCAAAGAAUCUUUGGGCGUCGAAAAUCAGACGAGUGUUAAACACCUGUACUCCGUAUCACAAGAAGAUGAAAAGCAGAUGAUUAUCAAGCUCUUCUGUGAAUGGAUUACCUCACUGGGUGGAGAGACCAGUGAUCUGACGGAGUCAACCAUCUUGGAUCUGUUUAGGAGUGACUGUGAAAAGAAACUCUCUUUGACCUUACCUAUGAACAAGACUCAUCCUGAUCAAACUCCAGCAAAGCUCUCCAGCUCCGUAGAGGGACAUCAUAAAGAUGCUAAAGAGUUCGAUCAGGUCUAUAAUUCCAAGAGACUUCAGGCUGCCAGUGAUCCUCUAAGAGCCCCAGCAGAUAUCACAGGAGUCCUGGACUUCGAGGAACAGCUGAGCGAGAAGGAUGAAGAACUGAAGCAGAUUCACGGCAUUCAGGCAUUCAGAGAGUUCAUUAUUAACAAGGGAGUGAGAAUGCCGAGGUUUCUCAGCAGUAUCUUCUCUGAGGACGAACAGAAGAACAGGAUGAGAGGCUCCUCAAACACUGCAGGCUCCAAUUCAUCAUCAUCUAAAGGGAGAGCUGUCCAUUAAACGCUUUAAAUGAUAUUCCCUUAUGUUGUUUUAUUGAAGAUCGCUUCACACAUUCAUGGAUCAACUGCUGAGCGCAGUUCCCCAGACCAGUUUUUUGAGAUUAAAGUAACAUUUUACCCCCAAGACAGAUUUCUGGAUUUUGUUAUUUUACGAUAAAAAAAUUCAAAGAUAAAUUAAACUAGGGCGUAUUUGUCAUGGUUCUCUCUUCCUCUAGUUUUUUUCAUUCAUUCAUAAAAUGUUCAGUGAAAAACAAACAGUGUGUUCUCAGCAUCCUGGUGGGAAUUACAAGGGCUUUCUAAGGAUUUUUAGGUAAACAGUCUGCUCCCAUGCAUUCUGCCUAAUAAUGAGCUGCACUUUACUGAGUUCUGGUUGCAUUCUAGUGCUUUCAUCGAGAGGAAUUUAACUGAUCAAAUAUUCUUCUUCGUUGAAAACUAAAUAUUUAUAUGUAGAAGCCCUCUUUUAUAAUAUAUAUCACUGUACCAUGCACAGACCUUUCUGUUGCUCGUAAAAUAGUAAAAAAUGAACUGGAUAUUAUUCUAACGUGGGCCGAAACUGAUCAAAUUUGUGUUUGAUUUGUUCCGCCCUGUCUUCCUGUUUCAGUGGAAACACAACACAUUAAA